AUGACUAACGAAAAGAAAAUUCAAGCCUCAAAUGCCUUGGACUUAAGCCUGAGGCACAUGUCUCGUGCGCCUUGGUUGUGGCUGCAUGAAAUUGCCUUGAUUCUUUCAUGCUUCAAGUUAAAUGCUUUUGAAUAUCUUAACCUUCCGUUUGAUUCAUCACCUGAAGAAGUGAAAAAGCAAUAUCGGAAGUUAUCUUUGCUGGUUCACCCUGACAAGUGCAAGCAUCCACAAGCAAAGGAGGCAUUUGGUGCAUUAGCUAAAGCCCAACAAUUAUUGCUUGAUUCUCAAGAAAGAGAGUAUCUUAUUAGCCAAGUAAAUUCUGCAAAAGAAGAACUUAGAGCAAAGAGGAAGAGGCAGCUGAAGAAAGACACUGCUUCAAAGAUAAAGUCAUUAGUUGAUGAGGGAAAAUACGAACAAGAGUAUGAACGAUCUGAGGAAUUUCAGCAACAACUAAAAAUGAAAGUUCGAGAACUGUUGACAGAGCAAGAAUGGCGUAGGAGGAAAAUGCGGAUGAGGAUAUCAGAAGAGGAAGGUAGAUUAAAGAAGGAUGAGGAAGAAACAAAAGAGAUGUGGAAAAGAAAGCGUGAGCAUGAGGAGCAGUGGGAAGGAACAAGAGAACAGAGGUCUGAGAUUUUGUUAGAUUCUGUCAAAUUCUGUCAAGUGGAGUCAAAGUUUUACCAGGCUGGACUGCCACAGCCUACUUUUGGAUUUAGGCAGGUCUCCAGCUGGAGGGAUUUUAUGAAAGGUGGAAAGAAGGUAAAGAAAGGAGAACUUCGACCCCCGAAGCUCAAGACAGAAGACCCCAACAAAUCUUAUGUUCAGAGGCCUGUGAAGCGAGGUUGA